GUCCGGGCACGGUGCGGGCGACCAUGAGCUGCGGACGGCUGGGAUCCCUGGCGCUGGGCUGCCUCCUGCUCGCCAGCUACUGCGGCAGAGGAGAUGCAGAAGCAAAUGUAGAGGUUUCCAUGCCAGAUGUGGUAGAAGCCGAAAUUGGAGAAACAGCUGUAAUUAACUGCGAGUUCUCUCUCCCAGAGAACAGCAGCUACGCUUAUAUCCACUGGUUCUCUGGGGAAAACAUGGCACGGAAGAGAAUCAUCUCCUUGAUCCAAGACAAGGAAGUCUGGGCAGAAGACCAGUACAGAGAUCGUCUGAACAUUGCCAAGAAUUUCUCCCUCGCCAUCAAGAAGGUCACUCCACAAGAUGCCAAGCUCUACAUCUGCCAAGUGGGGCUCGGCAGCCUCGGUGUCAGUGAGAACCGGACCAAGCUGCAGGUCUCAAAAGCCCCAGAAGCCCCCGAGUUUCAGCUGGCGAAAGAUGGAUGGCGAGCUUCUGAACCCACGCUUCAAGAGAUAGCCACCUGUACUGCCCGCAAUGGCUUCCCGCUUCCAAGCAUCGUGUGGUACAAGAACAGGGAAGCCCUUCACCCCAAGGAUGAAGAAAUAGGGAUCUACCCGACCGUCAUCACGGAAUCCAGCGGCCUGAUCACCGUCCGCAGCAUGCUUUCAUCCCGAGUCACCAAAGAGGAUCGCGAGGCUGAGUUUCACUGCCAAGUCAAUUAUACCCUGAUGGGGACAAACAAAACCGCCGUGUCAGAGAGCUUCAAAAUCAAUGUUUUUUAUGCCACCCAGAACCUCAGUUUUAUACUGGACCAGUCUAACCAAGAGUUGAAGGAAGGAGACAACGUAACUUUGGUCUGUGAAGGUGAUGGGAAUCCACCUCCUGAAUACACUUUAUUCAAGACAGAGGACACACAAUACUCAUCCCCAGACGGGAAGCUGUCAUUUCCCAGCGUCAUGAGAAACGACAGUGGUCUCUACUGGUGCAAAGCCCUGGAUCUGCACACUCUUGAGGAAUUAAUCGCUUCGGUGGAUCUGAUGGUAAACUACCUCGAUGUGCCCACCAUCUUCCCAGCUGGAACCCAGGAACCAGUGGAAGGAGAAGACCUGACCCUAACUUGCUCCACCACAGGAUCUGGACCCUUGAAAUUCCAGUGGCAGAAGAAAGGGAAGCUCAUUGCAGACGGUGCCAUCCUGAACUUGACUUCCAUCACCUAUGAGAAAAUGGGCAAUUAUACCUGUGUGGUGACAAUGCCAGACUUCCCCGAUUGGGUGCGCUCCCGGCACAUUUUUGUUGCUGUUCGAGCAAAGCCCCAAAAGGUGCUUCUGAAGCAGAAUCUGAGCGUGCGGGAAGGGGAGGUGGUGGAUCUGACCUGCAGCUUCUACUCGGUGCCUCGAAUGAACAUCUCCUGGAGUACAAGUAACGGCACGGUGCACACAUCCAGACGGAAAUACCACCACAAUAGCACUCUUUCCGUGUUGGUCACCAAGGAGAUCCUCAAAUCAGGCCUCAGCUGCAGUGGUGAAAAUGAGUUGGGGUCAGAGAAUCAACACUUCCCACUCUGGCUGAAAACCAAAGACCGUCCUGACAAAACGGAGACCAUAACGCAGGACAGCAAAGGGGUGAUCAUCGUGGCCGUCAUCGUCUUCCUGCUGGUCUUCGCCAUCCUGGGGGCCGUCCUUUACUUCCUGCACAAGAAAGGCAAGCUGGCUUGCGGACGCUCCGGCAAACAAGAAAUCACGAGGCCCGAAGCACAUAAAGACGAGAUUGUAGUUGAAGUAAAAUCAGAUAAACUUCCUGAAGAGGCGGGUCUUCUGCAGGGUGCCAACGGUGAGAAGAGAUCGCCAGGUGACCAGGGAGAGAAAUACAUCGAUCUGAGGAACUGAAGAGAGCUGGCCGUUUUCUUCAAAUUUUCUCCUGCCCCCUCUAAAACAUUCACCCCACCCCGUCAUUCAGACACGCAGUAACCAACAACGCACGGAUGGACCCAGUACGGGAUAUUCUGCAAUCUUGCCUUCUGUCUUUUCAAGGAGGAUGUGAUUUUUUUCAAAGAAGACAAUAAGGAAAGGAAAGGUGGUUUGAUGCAUUGUAAUUUCAGAGCAUUUGUGUUAAGAGGGUGGGCAGAUCUGUGCUGUUCUGUUGUAUGUUAUGUGUUUGCAUUCCGGGUUUUAGAAAAGAAGGGAACAAAAGGUUUAAGUAGGCACAAUUCAAUACUGGACAAGCCAGUCAGUUCAGAAUUAGAACUGUUACACCAUUAACACCCAAUUUGUAAAGCUGGAGCACAGGAUAAUGGGUAAGAGGCUUUGUUUCCAGUAAGGAGGUAAAUCGAAAUGUUCAUUUAAAAAGCAUGUCAAAGGCGGAGAAUGGCUGAAGUUGAACAGAAGACGUGAGUCUCAAAAGUGAAAAAGGAAGAAGCACAUUUGAAGUUUUUGUUUAAGGACACUCACCGGGGGAAUUUGUUCGGUUAAUAAGUGAAAUGUUCUUUCCGUGGUUCUUACUUAGGAUAGGAACAAGGCAAUGCUUUUCAAACUUGGCAACUUUUAAGAAUUCUGAAAGUUGAAGUCCGCACAUCCUAAAAUUGCCAAGUUUGAAAAGCACUAGAAGAGGAUUUUUUUGUGUGUAAAAACUGUACAGUCACAUCUUAUCAGAGAUCUCCAGCUAGUCCCCUCUUCCCUCCAGCUCCAAAGAAAUCCCUGCUCAAGUCCACAGCCACUGCCGUAAUUUUUGCUAAGACCCUCCGCAGCGCCCACUUCUCCCUCGGCUGCAACAAGAGAAAAAUGGGAAUUGGAGACGCGGUUCUUGGGUUUCUGUCCAGCUGAGAUCCUUGGAGGAAGAGGCAGCUGCCACCGCCAGAGACCAAAUACAGAAGAUGUGUUUGGCUGCUCUGGAGGGUUGAUGGUCUUGAAUGUCUUAGAACCUGUCCUUGCUUGGAAUGGACAAGAUCCCUAUGUGGAAAUCAAGUCAUGCCUCCUCCUUUCCCUUUCCCUCCUCCCCUUUCCUUCUCCUGGGAUCUCCUGGCUGCCGUUUCCUAUUUUGACCUUUAUAAAAUUUGAAGCUGGGAGGAAAAACCCUAUAUAGC